AUGCUCAUCGAUGGCAUUCAGUCGAAGGUUGAACGGUAUUGGAGGUACCGUAUAGCUGUUCUCCAUGGAGUGGCACUUAUUUUUGCGUGGUGGGUGCUCGGAUCAUCGGCAAUUCUCAUCGCCAGAUUUUUCAAGCCGUUGUUUCCUCGAAAGAAACUGCUUGGCACUGCUGUCUGGUUUCAGCUACAUCGUGAUCUAAACGUAAUCGCGCUGAUCCUCGAAGUACUUGCCGUCUUUUUCAUUUUCUGGCAAGCAAGCUGGGUGUGGUACGAAUGCUCAUAUAAAUGUACUCUUGAGGACUUUUCGAAGAAGAUGCACGCCAUCACAGGAAUGAUAGCAAUGGUACUGGCACUAUCUCAGCCAUUCCUCGCCAUGCUACGA